AGAAGAAGACUCAUCGUUGCCAACUGUCUGUCUGCAACACUGUAAAAUCGCCUUUCUUUCUCUUUCUAGAAAAGUGGUUGGCAUCUCAGUUGGCCGUACCGAUCGGGUCGUAUCUGCCCGAAUCAAAACCAUGCCUUCUCGCAGAAGAACGCUUUUGAAGGUCAUCAUCCUCGGCGACAGCGGGGUCGGGAAGACAUCGUUGAUGAAUCAAUAUGUAAACAAGAAGUUCAGCAAUCAGUAUAAGGCUACCAUUGGAGCUGAUUUCUUGACCAAGGAAGUGCAGUUUGAAGAUAGGCUAUUCACUUUACAGAUAUGGGAUACAGCUGGUCAGGAGAGAUUUCAGAGUCUGGGGGUAGCCUUCUAUAGGGGUGCAGAUUGUUGUGUCCUUGUCUACGAUGUAAAUGUGAUGAAGUCUUUUGAGAACCUGAACAACUGGAGGGAAGAGUUCCUUAUUCAGGCAAGCCCUUCUGAUCCAGAAAAUUUUCCAUUUGUGGUGAUUGGCAACAAAGUUGAUGUUGACGGCGGCAAUUCUCGAGUGGUAUCUGAGAAGAAGGCAAAGGCUUGGUGUGCCUCAAAAGGGAACAUCCCAUACUUUGAGACUUCUGCCAAAGAAGGCUUCAAUGUGGAAGACGCUUUCCAAUGCAUUGCAAAAAAUGCCCUGAAAAGUGGGGAAGAGGAAGAAAUAUACUUUCCGGACACCAUAGAUGUUGGCGGGAGCAGCAGUCAGCCGAGGGCAUCUGGAUGUGAAUGUUAAGCAGUUUCUUUAUUGUUUUGGGCAAACCGAGCUCUCCCUGUAGCGCCCUAGAGGACUAUGGACAACUUGUACCCCCAUGAUUUUAUUCUUUUGUUUUUCUCCUGCUCUGCCACUGUUUUCCUCUUUCCUUUAUGAAUUGCUAUGGUUGUGAAGUUGCUUUUUUUGUUUUGUUUUGUUUUUGUUUUGUACAUUUCCUGUAUGUUCAGCAGAUCAAUCCACAUAUUGCUUGUUGAACUUCGUCAUGAUAACUCAUAAUAACCUGUGGGUUGGCAGUGUUCCAGAUGAUUUACCCAUAGUAUUUGUUUAAAAUAUGGGGCAAAUAAUGUUUCUUUAUUCAA